CACAGGAGAAACAGCUUACGUUUUUUUUUAUAGUAACUGACCGCACUAAUUCUCAACACUGAGAAUAGUGGCACCUGAGGCACAUUUGACUGGCUAUCGCGACCAAUCACUCACCUCGGUUUGAGGUUCGAGAGACAAUCAGUAGUCGCGAAAUCUUCUACUGUGUCCAAUCGGAUCUCACCCUGUCCAUAAUUGCGUCACACCCUAGGCCGGUUUAGCCAAUCGGCACAGGUCCAUCUCCAAUUACGUCACACGGCACUGAGCCAUAGCAACGGCGUUUACAACCCCAGAGACCUCCGAAGAUGUGAAGUGACAGAAAGUCGCGUCAGUUAGUAUCGUCUUUGCGAGUCAUUGCAGAAUACACAAUUUCCAGCGGUUUGCAGUACCGUACAACGAAAUACAUACAUAGCUAGUUAAAAAAGAAUCUGGUUGACAUUUCAAUACAUGUUAUCAUUCAUUAGGUAAAUGACAAGUAAUAUCACACAUUUUAGAGUUUGUCAUGUAGCUAGAUUUCCUCAGGUACCGUAUCUAGAGUAAGUACUGUAGACUGCAUUAAUUAGCUACAGUAGUAGCUGGCAUUUACUUAUUAAAGGAAUUACUAGUGGGCUACUGUAGCAACAGAUGUUAUUCGGACUAGCAACCGCAAUAUUUAUCCUGCUAUAUAUUAUCGAUAUCACUGGGGUCCAAAUAAAAUUAAAAAACAAACUUUUUAAUUUGUGGUAAUAAAGAAUGAAAAUAAAGAACAUUUAUUGAAAAAUAUUACUUUAUAAAUAUUAUCUGUUAAGUAACUAGCUGUAACAAUAAAUACAUGUUAUUUUAUUAGUGUGAAACAUUGCUCCUUUUACCUUUAAAUGUCGAGUUUAAAAAGCCACAAAGGUAUGGGGGAUGGGGAAUGGAUGUCCUGUUUGAAGAAGUUUGCCAGCUCUGGGGUUUGGCCUGCUAAUGCAGGCGACAGGCCAUCCCCAAGACAGAAGAGGUGGUACAACCUCUUUCAAAAGGUAUGUAAAAUGACCAAACAUCACUGAAAAACAUUUAUGUAUUCUGAUGGCCUAUGAAAGAUGAUGAAUUGCCAGAAAUACCAGUCACAGUAUGGGACCUUAAUAAGGAUAAUGAACAGCAACUUCAGUGUCAUGUUUAGUCACCAAUAAAAGAUUAUGUCAAAACGUUCCAUUUCUAUUGGAUUGUUUUCUGUAAAAAAUAUGUUUUAAUUGUUUUAAAUGCUGUUUGGUGGGACACAGCAGUGUACUUGUGGCUUUCACAACUCAAAGGUAAUGUGCAUGAGACUUUUUGACACCAAAACACUAAAAUAAUCACUUUGUGAUGUGCUCAGUCAUGGGAUGUCUGACAUGGAUCUCUCUGUCCCUAAUCCGGCCAACCACUGGACAAACGGAGGCACAGACUUCUACCUAUGCCCCUCCUCCACUGGGAAUGGCCUCUGCCUCUGUCUCGGCCGCUGUCCCAGUACCUGCACGGCCCACACUGAAUUUGUCCAUGUUUUCUAAACCACGAUUUGGAAGCUCACAUGGCGCUGCUGCAAAGCCCAAUGUGAAUGUGGUUAGGAAAGCGAAGCCUCUGUCCAGUCCUCCCACCAUAUCAGGAGACACCCAGGCCAAUGCCAGCUCAUCUAUUGCCUCUGUGAGGCCCAGCACAGCUUCAAGCCUCAGCACUGUUGUCUCCGAGGCCAGCACCGGUCCUGCAAUUGCUGCUCCACCAGGCUCUGCCCUGAUAUACCAUCAGGCUCCAACACCGGACCGCUUUUUUGCCCACAGGCUCUUGGUAUGGAUACCCUAUCACUUGUGGAAAGUGAGGGUAUUCUGCCAAACCUGUGGGAAGCAGCUGACGGGGUAUGGUGUGCACAAUAGGGUGCGGAAGGUCCUGGACGUGGACCGCUACUACCUGAUGGUGACGGAGACACUAAGGUGCACUGUGUGUUGCCUGACCCAUCUGGCAACCAGUCAGGCUGUCCUGGACCAGCUGGACCUGCCUCACAGGAGGAAGUUCAGGAUGAUCCUGACACGCUUAUAUGCUUGCGACAUACGGUUGAUCCACAUGUUGUGGGAACAGACCCUUGGCAACAGCCGGGCGUGCUUGGUGAACCAGCUGCGGGAGAACCCUGGGGAAUAGUGGUUGGACCUCCUGGCCGACUACUUGGCCUUGUGCGGUCUUUGUUGCCAAGCCCAGCUUCUUCCCAGUGACCUGCCAGGAGCCUCCACAGCCAGUCGAUGUCCCAACCAGCCGGUGGGUGCUGUCAGUGUAUGGAAGGGACAUCAUCAGACGGAUGGACCAUAUAAAGACGUCCAUCACGUCAACCUUUGGGUCCAUUUUAAAGAUUGACUCCACCAAGAAUGUAAUACGAAACACAAUGAAAACAUGAAUCCUCACUGACUUGUAUUCUUGGAAGCAUGCAUACACACACACCCAUGCCUUUGAUUAAGACUGCAGUAAUAAAUACACUUCUGUGUUUAGUUUACAGACUUUCUUUUGAAAGCUGUCAUUA